GGAAUUUCGGCGAGGCAUUUGCGGUUGCUAAGCAUGGAGAAGAAGUCAAAGGUUGUUUAGACAAGGUGGAUAAGUGGCGUCGUGCUCUGAUGGAAAUAAGCAAUUUAUCAGGAUGGGAUUCACGGAAUAUCAAGCAUGCAUGACUUGCUACAACAAAUGGGCAAGGAUGUUGUUUGUGAGGAGUCCAAACAACUUGGUACACGCAGCAGGUUGUGGAAAUAUAAGGAUAUUUGUCAUGUAUUGACAAGAGACAAGGGAACUGAAAAUAUUGAAGGCAUAUUACUUGAUAUGUCUGGAAAUGGAUAUUUGGAGCUAAGUCCCACAGCUUUCAUGAACAUGUGCAAUCUUAGAUUCCUCAAAUUCUUCAAUGUUUCUACAUCCAGACCAGGACGAGUGCUUCUACCUAGUGGCCUUGAAUUUCUACCAAAGGAGCUAAGGUAUCAUCAUUGGGAAGGGUACCCUUUGAAAUCCUUGCCAAUAAAUUUUUGCCCGAGAAAUCUUGUAGAGCUUCACAUGCCACGGAGCAACCUCAUCCAACUCUGGAAUCAAGAGAAGGCUCUUGAAAGUUUGAAAUUUUUAGACCUCAGCUACUCUUUUGAGUUAACUAAAGUUCCAGACUUGUCAAGUGCCCCGAAUCUUGAGGUUUUAUGUUUGAGAGGAUGUAGCAACUUGAUUGAGAUUCCUAGCAGCGUUGGCUAGUCUAAAUGUCUAAAAGAAAUUGAUCUCGAAUACUGCUCAAAACUGCAUAGUAUUCCACAAAGCAUCUGCAAUUUGAAAUCUCUUACACACCUUUAUAUCUCAGGCUGUUUGAAUGUCAAAGCAUUGCCAGAGAACAUGGGGGAUCUAGAAUUGCUGAAGAAACUUUAUAUAUCUGGAAGUGGAAUAAAAACAUUACCAUCCUCCAUCAAUCAAUUGAGAAGAUUGGAAGAGUUAAGAUGUGCGAGAUGUGAAGGUUUGACAUUGCCUCCUUUGACAGGACUGUCCUGUGUGAGGGAAAUUGAUUUAAGUGACUGUGGUAUAUUAGAAAUUCCCCUGAGUCUUUGGUUUUUAGUGUCAUUGGAAGAGUUAGAUUUAGGUGGAAACAAUUUCAAGGCGACACCUGCAAGCAUUAAACAUCUAAUUGAGUUGAAUUGGCUUGGAUUAAAAGGUUGCAAGAGACUUAAAUGUUUACCAGAGCUUCCGUCAUGCUUAGAAGAGUUAGAUGCGUCAGAUUGCACAUCUUUGGAAUCUGCAUCAACUCCAUUCCUUUUCUUAGAACAUCAUGAUGAAGAAGAAGAAAAACGACUUGAGUUUCGUAAUUGCAUCAAUUUGGAUAAGAACGUAAAUGAUAAUGUAAUGGAGGAUGUAUUGAAGUCGCAUCUGUUAAAACACAAG